AUUAAAAAUGCAGCCACCUAGCUAAGAUGAAGAAAUAAUAAAUUUUAUGAGUAUUACAGGUUGUUCAGACUUUUAAAAAGCAUUAUCGUAUAUGCAAAUGGCUGACAACAAACUUGAUGUAUUAUAAAAACUUAAUUAGAAUGCGAUUUAACUCUAUAUGGAUUUUGAAGGAGGCAUGAGUUAAAAAUCUUAAUAGAAAGAAUUAUAAGAGAAAUAAUAAUAGAGGCCAGUCAUUUAAGAAACUCCAAAAAGUAAAAUUUUAACUUAUUGAUAUAGGAUAAGUUUAAAGUCUUAAUUAAGGUAUUCAAAGAUAAACAUAAGAUGUUGCUUUGGUUGAAAAAUAUAGAAAGUACUAAGAAGAAAAAAGAGCAAAAGAGGAUGGCUUGGUGAAAAAAACUUUCCAAAUAGGUGCAAAUAUUUUUUCCUAUAUAUGUAAUAUUUAAGUUUUUAUAUAGUUAAAAAUCAACCUAAUCAUGGAAAUGAUUUUUUAAAAUAUCUCUAAUAACACUAGAUUCAAACAGAAAUAAAUUUUCAACCUGGAAAUUUCUAAGAAAAAAUUAAAAACGUAAAUCAAGAGACAAGGCCUUUGUUAGUCUAUUUACAUAAUAACUAAAAUAUAUAGAUAUUUUAGAAGAUGUCUAAUUGCAAAAACUUUGUUACAAAUCUUAAUAAAAAUUAUCUUAUACUAGGAUUUUUAAACAAUUAGCAAGUUUAUGAAUAAUUACCAAAUAAACCAGAGCCUCCAGCAAUUUUAAUUUAUAAAUUAGAUAUUGUAGAUGAAGUUGUUUUAAUGGAUUAAUAUACUUUAACAACAGAUACUAACUUUGAAGAAUUAGCUUAAAAAAUUAAGACAAUAAGAGCAUAAUUUAAUAAAGAAUAUAUUUAUAUAGAAAAUAUAAAAAAAGAAGUAAAUUCUCCUAAUUAAUUUAACUUUAAUUCUCUUAUUUAUACCUAAUAAAAUUUCUAUCAAGUUUAGUAAUAAUAAUAAUAGCAAGAUUAAGUGUAAAUUUAAAGAUAAAAAGAAAUGUAAAGAGAAAGAGAUUUAUUAAUUUAAUCUUAAAAAGAAGCUUAUCAAUAUGCAGAAUAAUAGGCAAUGGAAAAGAAAAGAAAAGAUGAAGAAUUAAAAUUAUAAGAAUAAGCUAAAUAAUUGGAAUAAUAAAAAAAAGAAGUAUAAUAAUUUUAUUUAUUGUUAAAGGAAUAAAGAUUGUUGAAAAAAGCAACACUUUUAUCAAAUUUACCUGAAGAACCUUAAAAUUAAUAAGGUAUUUCUAUUCUAUUCCGAUUUAUAAAUGCAACAAGAACAAGAAGAUUUAAUUUUAACGAUAAAAUUCAAGUAAUAUAUUUUAAUAUUAAGAUAUUAUUUGAUUUUGUAUAAAGUUAGGAAGAUGAAUGCUUUCAUGACCCAUAUGCCGAAAUAGACUUGAUCUAAAAUUUCCCUAGAUUAUCAUUAAAAGAUAAGAUUGAAUUAACAAUAAGUGAAGUUUUUAUAGAUUCUGAAAUGGAAUAAUUAAUUGUAGAUGAACAAGAGUGAUAAUUAAAUAAUCAUUUAAUAAUUAUA